AUGAAGACUUCUAGCAUCUUUGCGUCUGCUAUCUUUGCAGCUGCCACAUUGGCUAUCCCUAUUGGUAGGGGUUCUAUUCGAUCUUCCGCCGGUCUUCCGAGCGGUUACUCCUUAUCUAACCUUACUUGGACAGGAAACAUCACUGAAGAUGGUCCCGAGAUGUCGUUUACUGGCUUUAGCUUCCGGGACAUUGAUGCACAGAUUCUCGAUGUCAAUCCAGAUUUCACAUGGCCUGAUGUAAACGGUACUGAUCCAGCAGUUACCUCUCGGUCAGAAGCCUGGCUCACUUGUGACCCGAACAAUAUUUGGUACGCUCAAGCGUUCCGGAUCGAGGAAGGUAUCGAUUAUCUCUCGAAGAAGACGGGUCAAUGCCAUAUGGAUGCCGGCCCGAGGGUCUGCACCCGAAUCUCUUGUAGUUAUAAGAGUGCAAUUUGGUGGUGUAACGACAACACGGAUCCUAUCGAGGAGAAUUGCCUGCUCUGGUCGCAUUAUGCACAAGAAAUUCUAGAUUCAUGCCGGUCUAAUGACGCUUCUAAUAGGGUCAGAGGCCAAAAGUUCUCCUCCGCAGAUUGGAAUAUCAUGAUCGGUUUCGAUGAUGAUCAUUGUUAG